UCUCUCUUUUUAUUCCAAAGGAGGAAUGCGCGGAGGGCAGUGUUGAGUUCUAGUCCUCUGCAAGAGCAGUCUGUUUUCUUGGGAGCUUUUCUCUUUUAAGUCCGGUGCCAUGGAUGAACCCAUUUCAUCCAACGCCGAAACUCCACUUCCGACCAACUCAGACCAAGGAAACUCCGUAAAUGGAGACGAACCCAUGCCCGACCUUCCUCAGAACCCCUCCGAUUCUUCUUCCUCCGACUCUGAUUCUGAAGACGACGAAUCCAACCAAAACCUUCAACUCCACUCCCUUCAAUCUCAGCUCUCCUCCAAUGCCUCCGACUAUGAUGCUCAUGUUCAAUACAUAAAGCUUUUGAGGAAAGUUGGUGACAUUGACAACCUCAGGAAAGCAAGGGAAGCAAUGAGUGAGAUAUUUCCCUUGUCCCCUUCAAUGUGGCAGGAAUGGGCCAAGGACGAAGCAUCUAUUAAUACUGGACCUGAGGCUCUUGCUGCAAUUGAGAGACUAUAUGAGCGAGGGGUGUUUGAUUAUCUGUCAGUUUCUCUUUGGCUUGACUACUUAAAUUUCAUUCGAGAAUAUGAUCCAUUGGUGCAAGAUUGUGCAACUUCUGGAAUUAAAAAGGUUAGAGAUUUAUUUGAACGUGCUCUCACAGCUGCUGGUUUGCACUUCACUGAGGCUGAAAAAUUAUGGGAAGCAUAUAGAGAUUUUGAGAAAGCCAUAUAUCAAACCAUUGCUGAAACUGAUGCUCAGGCAAAGGAAAAACAAAUCCAGCUAAUUCGAAGCAUUUUCCAUCGUCAAUUGUCACUUCCUUUAUCUAAUAUGAGUUCAACACUUGAGACCUAUAAAGCAUGGGAGUUGGAAGUGAAACAAGGAUGCGCUCUUGAUACGGAAUCUAAUUAUUCUGAUGGGGUUCCCACUCUAGUGGCCUCAACUUAUCGAAGAGCAUUGGAUAUGUAUAAUGCCCGUGUUCAAUUGGAAGACCAAAUAUCAAAACAGGAUUUAACUGAUACUGAAAGACUUCACCAGUACAUCAUUUAUCUAAAAUUUGAACAAUCUGCUGGAGAUCCAGCAAGGGUCCAAGUUCUGUUUGAGCGUGCAAUCGCCGAUUUUCCAGUAUCGGUUGAUCUUUGGCUAGAUUAUACCUGUUACAUAGACAAAACUUUGAAGGUCGGCAAUAUUGUGAGGAACGUUUACUCCAGGGCGACUAGGAAUUGUCCAUGGAUAGGUGAUCUUUGGGUUCGAUAUUUGCUUGCUCUGGAACGUUCUCAUGCUUCUGAAGGUGAAAUUGCUUCAGUCUUUGAGAAGUCUUUGCAGUGCUCAUUCUCAACCUUGGAUGAGUACUUGGAUUUGUUUCUUACACGAAUUGAUGGCUUGAGGCGAAGAAUCUCAUCUGGAGUUCAGCUAGAGGAUGCAUUGGAAUAUUCAUUGAUUAAAGAGACCUUUCAGCGUGCAUCAGAUUACUUAUCACCGCAGCUAAAGAAUUCAGAAGUUUUGGUGCGUUUGUAUGCUUAUUGGGCCCGUUUAGAGAUAAACUUGGGGAAAGAUCUAGAUUCUGCCCGUGGAGUUUGGGAAAGUUUGCUUAAGAUCUGUGGCUCAUUAUUGGCAGCAUGGGAGGGUUAUAUAGCAAUGGAAGUUGAGUUGAACCAUAUAAAUAAUGCCAGGUCUAUAUAUAAGAGAUGUUACAGCAAAAGAUUUACAGGGAGUGGUUCAGAGGAUAUUUGCCAUUCCUGGUUGCGUUUUGAGAGAGAAUUUGGUAGCCUUGAAGAUUUUGACCAUGCUGUUCGAAAGGUUAACCCUCGUCUGGAGGAGUUAAAGUCGUAUAAGUUACAGAUUGAUGACUCAGAAAAUCCUGUAAAGCAGAGUGAUCAUAGUAAGCGAAAAUUGGGUGGAGAUGCACCCAAUGUAGAGUCUCCUGCUAAGAAACUGAAAGAUUCUGCCCAUGGGCCGAAGAAGGUUACUGAAAAGGGUAAAGCUCAAUUACAAAACUUAGAUGAUCAAACCGGAGACAUCAGAGGAAGAGUUAAAAAACCUGAUGACUCAAGUGACCAACAAAUGAACGAUUCUGUUCAAGGAAAGGGAAAAGUAUAUAAUGACCAAUGCACUGCAUUCAUCUCCAACCUCAAUCUCAAGGUUACCUAUGACCACUUGCGGGACUUCUUCCAAGAUGUUGGUGGAGUAGUUGCAAUUCGAAUAUUGCAUGAUAAGUUCACUGGAAAAUCACGGGGACUAGCGUACGUUGAUUUCUCUGAUGAUGCUCAUCUUGAGGCUGGAGUUGCAAAAAACAAGCAGUUGUUGCUUGGGAAAAAGAUAAGCAUUGCGCGGUCAGAUCCUAAGAGAGCCAGCUGUUGCAGAAUCUGAAUGGAGGUAGACCCUACUCAAAGGAUCCAGCUUUAAGCAAAAUACGGAAAUGGUCUGACACUGUCCUUGCUUGGCUAGAGACUUGUAUUAGCAAAUAGAUCAUCCCAAGUGCUGGAAAUUAAGAAUCUAUCAAGGAGCGAGUGCGAAACAGUAGUCCCUUUUCUGGACCAAGUGAAACGGCCAUUGCUAAGUGGAGUGUUCAUCAGAUUGGCUGCUGCAGUGAAAUUAUUGAAUCUCCUCAUGCCCCUUGUAACUCUCCCAAUUGGAAAUCUUUCCUGGACUCUUGUAAUAUUAAAAUCUCCUCCAAUUCACCAAGGGUCUUCACAAUAAUCAACUAAUGAUUGCAAUUCUGGCCAAAGACGCUUUCUUUCUCUAUAAUUUGUAGGGCCAUAUAUAUUUGAUAUCUAGCUCACUUUCUUACAAGAAAUCUGACAUUUAAUAGAUAAAGAAUAUCCACCUUUCAACACCUCAUUAACUGAAAUUUUGCUCUCAUCCCACAAUGAUAAAAUGCCUCUAGACUUGCCGAUUGCUUUGAGGAAUGCUCAUCCUAUGUCGUUUGAACUCCAUAGCUCCUUGAUUAAGGUAGAAUGAAAAGAAUCCCUUUUUGUUUCUUGUAUUAGGACCAGAUCAGGAUUCAACUUCUUCAAACUUCUUCUCAAAGCCAAUCAUUUAGACUCACCUAGCCCUCUUAAAUUCCACGACAAAAUCUUCAUGCUAAUGUGGUAUGAUAUCAAUCUUCAGAAUCAACCAAGGAUCUAUUCGCAAUCAUCUACCAUCAAAAUUAAGUGUGGAGGAAUAUUCUGUUUAAGGAGAAUCUGAGAUGCUCAACCUUCCAAAUCCAUCUUUUGGAAGAGAUCCCUCUGCUUAAAAUAAUCGAUUAAUGCCAUGUCAUCAAAAUCAAUUAUGUCCUUUUCCUCCUGAAUACUAUCGGCUUCAAACAACUCCAGUUCAUCACUGCUAGCACUGACUAGAGAUUCUCCUUCUAAAUCAUAUUUAAUAAAUGGCUCCCUUCAACUUUAGAAUACAAAGUAACUCACACAAAUGGUACAUUUGAAUUAUUAUUUUUGGAAUCGGAGUAAAUGAAUGAAAGCUUUAGGCUUAGAGAUAUCCGAUCUGUUUGGCUGAAAAUCAGGGAGUUGGGCCUUAAUGCUACAUCCUUUGAGGAAGUCUGAAUUCAAUAUUGCAGGCCAAGCAUUUUUAAACGUAGUCUUGGAUGGAGUAGCUUUCUUUUUAGAGUUUCAUAGACCCUUAAAAUUGUAGAUGUUACAGUUUUAAUUCUCUUUUGACCAACUGGAGAUGUCUUUUGUAACUCCUUUGAUCUGGGGACUCUUUCCCCCCAUCUUUUGUAAUUUU